AAACAAAGUGCUUUGAACUUGAGAAAAGCUCAGCUACUACCUCACUACUAAACUCCUUAGUUAUUAUUACCUGUAAGCACUCACGCGAAUCAUGGAAACCAAUAAUGUUUUCAUACACCAAAAGUGUCACAAAUUAGAUAUCUCUAUCUAUGUCUCCAUUCUCAGUACCAUUAGCAUAUAACACCAAAACUACACAACCACCAUCACAAGCUUGGUUUUUGGCUCUAUCAAAGAUAUUAGAAGAGGUAUUAGUAGUACAUUCUGGUAAAGCUAAAGCUAAGAAGUAACAAACACUAUUCCUUUUUUACCAUUCUACUAUAUCUUCCUUCUUUAAAAGAUACACUUGACACUAUCUCUUUUUUUGUUUCACAUGCUAGUGUUGAAAACGUUUUGUGUAAAACUUAAGCAUACAAACUCUCUCUUUCACAUGCAUGUUGUCUCCUUUAGACAACAACUACUAGUCUUUUAUCACCUUCACCCUCAUCUUCCAUACUAGUAGUUAGUUAUAAUCUCAAACCCCAAAUAACCAUUUUUCACAAUCCCAAAUGGAAAAUAAUGUUGUUGUCCCUUUUAGUGUUACUACCUCUUUCUUGUUUUUGUUACUCUCUUUUUUUAGCUUAACAAACAUACAACAACUCACUUGUCUUUCACCAGAUGGACAAGCCCUUCUUUCUCUUGUUUCAUCAUCUUCUGUUCUUUCCUCAUGGAAUCCAUCAACCUCAACACCUUGUUCUUGGAAAGGCAUUACUUGUUCUCCACAAGGUAGAGUCAUUUCCCUUUCUAUCCCUGAUACUUGCCUUAAUCUUUCUUCUUUACCACCUCAACUAUCAUCUUUAUCAAUGCUUCAGCUUCUUAAUCUUUCUUCCACUAAUAUCUCUGGCUCUAUUCCACCUUCUUUUGGUCAACUCUCCCAUCUUCAACUUCUUGACUUUUCUUCAAACUCUCUCACAGGUUCCAUUCCUGAUGAACUUGGAAACCUCUCUUCUCUUCAGUUCCUUUUCUUGAACUCCAACAGAUUAACAGGAACCAUUCCUCCACAACUUUCCAACCUUACUUCACUUGAAGUUCUUUGUCUUCAAGACAAUCUUAUAAAUGGUUCAAUCCCUUCACAGUUAGGCUCUUUGAAAUCACUUCAACAGUUUAGGAUCGGUGGCAACCCUUUUCUAAGUGGAAAAAUCCCAUCACAGUUAGGACAACUCACCAACCUCACAACAUUUGGUGCAGCAGCCACUGGACUUUCUGGUUCCAUUCCUUCUACAUUUGGUAACUUGAUCAAUCUUCAAACUUUAGCACUUUAUGACACUGAAAUUUCUGGCUCAAUACCAAAAGAACUUGGUUUAUGUUCUGAGUUGAGGAAUCUUUAUUUACAUAUGAAUAAGCUUACUGGUUCUAUUCCUUUUCAAUUUGGCAAGUUGCAAAAACUUACUAGUUUGCUUCUUUGGGGAAACGCAUUAACUGGUGAAAUUCCACCUGAAAUUUCCAACUGUUCAUCACUUGUUAUAUUUGAUGCAUCUUCUAAUGAUCUAUCUGGUGAAAUACCUGAGGAUUUUGGGAAGCUGGUUGUUCUUGAACAGCUUCAUUUAUCGGAUAAUUCGCUCACCGGUGAAAUACCGUGGCAGUUGAGUAACUGCACAAGCCUUGCAACUAUUCAGCUUGAUAAGAAUCAGUUAUCAGGUACAAUUCCUUAUCAGGUUGGUGAAUUGAAGCUUCUGCAGAGUUUUUUCUUGUGGGGUAAUUUGGUUUCUGGAACAAUACCAUCCUCUUUUGGAAACUGUACAGAACUGUAUGCACUUGAUCUUUCAAGGAAUAAGUUAACAGGUUUUAUACCAGAAGAGAUUUUCAGUUUGCAGAAGCUGAGUAAGCUUCUUCUUCUUGGAAACUCAUUAACAGGAAGGUUGCCUUCAAGUGUUGCAAAUUGUCAGUCUUUGGUGAGGUUGAGGGUUGGUGAAAACCAGCUUUCAGGACAGAUUCCUAAAGAGAUAGGAAAGUUGCAGAAUCUUGUGUUUCUUGAUUUGUACAUGAAUCAUUUCUCUGGAAGUUUACCUGUGGAGAUUGGUAACAUCACAGUUCUUGAGCUUUUGGAUGUUCAUAACAACUACCUCAGUGGUGAGAUUCCAUCUCUUAUUGGUGAACUUGAGAAUUUGGAGCAGCUUGAUCUCAGUAGAAACAGUUUGACAGGUGAAAUCCCUUGGAGUUUUGGUAACUUGAGUUAUUUGAACAAGCUCAUACUCAACAAUAAUUUACUCACAGGUACAAUACCAAAAUCUGUUAGAAAUUUGCAGAAGCUAACACUUUUGGAUUUGAGUUAUAACAGCUUAUCUGGUUGCAUACCCUCAGAGAUUGGUUAUGUUACAAGUUUAACCAUAAGUUUGGAUUUGAGCUCAAAUGCAUUCAUAGGAGAAAUUCCAGAUUCAAUUUCUGCUCUGACACAGUUACAAUCACUUGAUCUUUCUCAUAAUAUGCUUUAUGGAGGAAUUAAGGUUCUUGGCUCUCUUACUAGUCUCACUUCUCUUAAUAUCACCUACAACAAUUUUUCAGGUCCUAUUCCAGUAACACCAUUCUUCAAAACUCUUACUUCUAGUUCAUAUCUUCAGAACAUUCAUCUUUGUCAGUCCAUUGAUGGAACUACAUGUUCUUCAAAUCUAGUUCAAAAAAACGGUUUAAAAUCUGCAAAAACUAUAGCUAUGAUCACGAUUAUUCUAGCUUCGGUUACGAUAAUUGUCAUUGCGUCAUGGGUUCUAGUAACCCGUAGUAAUCAUCGGUACAGCGUUGAAAAGGCUUUGAGGACAUCAGGUUCUACAUCAGGAGCUGAAGAUUUCUCAUAUCCUUGGACUUUUAUACCAUUUCAGAAACUUAACUUCAGCAUAGAUAAUAUCUUGGAUUGCCUGAAAGAUGAAAAUGUGAUUGGAAAAGGUUGUUCUGGUGUUGUGUAUAAAGCUGAGAUGCCACAUGGAGAGGUGAUAGCAGUGAAGAAGCUAUGGAAAACAAACAAAGGUGAUGAAAUGGUGGAUUCUUUUGCUGCUGAGAUUCAGAUACUCGGUUACAUUCGACAUAGGAACAUUGUGAGGCUCAUAGGUUAUUGUUCAAAUGGGAGUGUUAAGCUUCUUCUAUAUAACUUUAUCUCAAAUGGUAAUCUAAGACAGCUUUUGCAAGAGAACAGGAACUUGGAUUGGGAAACUAGGUACAAGAUUGCUGUUGGCUCAGCUCAGGGUUUAGCUUACCUUCAUCAUGAUUGUGUCCCAACAAUUCUUCAUAGAGAUGUUAAGUGCAAUAACAUACUUUUAGAUUCCAGAUUUGAGGCUUAUAUUGCAGACUUUGGUCUUGCAAAGCUAAUGAAUUCACCAAAUUAUCAUCAUGCAAUGUCUAGAGUUGCUGGUUCCUAUGGCUAUAUUGCCCCAGAGUAUGGCUACACCAUGAACAUAACAGAGAAGAGUGAUGUCUACAGCUUUGGAGUGGUUUUACUCGAGAUACUAAGUGGGAGAAGUGCUGUUGAAUCCCAUCAUGUUGGAGAUGGACAACACAUAGUUGAAUGGGUGAAGAAGAAAAUGGCAAGCUUUGAACCAGCUGUUUCAAUACUUGAUACAAAGCUUCAAAGUUUACCAGAUCAAAUGGUGCAAGAGAUGCUUCAAGCACUUGGAAUUGCUAUGUUUUGUGUGAAUUCUUCACCAGCUGAGAGGCCUACUAUGAAGGAAGUUGUUGCACUAUUGAUGGAGGUGAAGAGUCAGCCUCAUGAGGAGAUGGGGAAAACUUCUCAACCUUUGAUAAAGCAGUCAUCAACUCAAAGCUGAAUUUUGUUUUAAUUAGUUGUAAUGGUUAGUGAUUGGUUUUCAUCUUUAAGAUGAAAGCAAGAUGUUUGUUAGUGUGGAAACUUUGAGAGUAGAGUAGGAAGGAAGGAAGGAAGCUAGAGAGGAACUGGGAACUCAUGUUCUCUAUUCAAACGGCUAUUGCUGUACAGUUUUAGAAAUUAAUAUCAUAGGUAUCAGUUGUUGUCUGCAAUAUGUGAGUAUUAAUUACUUCUGUCUUGUCACUAAGGUUGUUAUAUUCAAGAGUUUAUGUAUACUCAUUUUGUUUAGGUGUAAUCUACUCAUAAACUCUACUGGUAGAAUUGUAUGAGUUUACCUUUCAUAUAUA